GGAGUAACAUUUUAGGUGUUUACUUUUCCGGAUGAUUGCCUACUCAUUAAUGACACUCCACUAUAUGAGAAUAACCAAAAGAGCAAUGCAGAAGUUCAGAGACCAAAAAAAGGAGGAUACACAAAGGUCACGAGGAGCAGUGGAUGGAGUCUGAAGGUCAGAAGAAGAGUAUCUGUUCAGAGAGUAUUGAUGACACUCCACUAAAAGAGAAUAACCAAAAUAGUCAUGCACCUGCAGAAGCUCAAAGACCGGAGAAAAAAUGGAUACACAAAGGUCGCAAGGAGCAGUGGAUGAAGUCUGAAGGUCAGAAGAAGAGUAUCUGUUCAGAGAGUAUUGAUGACACUCCACUAAAAAAGAAUAACCAAAAUAGCCAUGCACCUGCAGAAGCUCAAAGACCAAAGAAAAGGAGGAUACACAAGGAGCAGUGGAUUAAAAUCGGAAGGUCAGAAGAAGAGUAUCUGUUCAGAGAGUAUUGAUGACACUCCACUAAAAGAGAAUUACCAGAUUAGCCAUGCAAAGGCUCAAAGACCAAAGAAAAGAAGGAUUAAUAAAGG